AUGGCGCCGACAGUUAAAACGGCGGCCGUUAAAACGAACGGCGGCGGCGACGGCGGAAACAAAGAAAACCGUUACAGAGGAGUGAGGAGGAGGCCAUGGGGUCGUUACGCCGCCGAGAUCAGAGAUCCAUCGAAGAAGACACGAGUCUGGCUCGGAACUUUCGACACUCCAGAAGCAGCGGCUCGUGCCUACGACAAAGCCGCUCUUCAGUUUCGCGGCGCCAAGGCCAAAACCAAUUUCCCUCUUCCUUUCUUCGACAACGAGAGCCCGAGCCAAAGCAGCACCGUCGAAUCGUCGUCGCCGGUUCCUGAUCUCAAUCUCGGAUCCGUCGAUUCCAGGUUCCCUUUCCCGAAGAUUCAGGUCAAGUCUGGGAUGAUCGUGUUCGAGGACGAGACGGCGAGGAGUGAAUCGGACUCGUCGUCUGUGGUGAUGGAUCUUAGUCCAGAGAAAAGACGACGCGUGUUCUUGGAUUUGGAUCUCAAUUUCCCUCCGAAGCCUGAAAACUAA